CGCGCAUGUGCGCUGCAGCUCACCAACACGUGGGGUUUGUGUAAACCAGCUACGCGGACGCAAUCAGCGCUGCAGAAAUGGCGGCCGACGCUGGCAGUACUCCGCUGCUACCCUGCGUUUUUUCACCUAAAUCACAACAAUACUUAGCGGUGUGCGCACAGGAUGGCAGACUUCGUAUAUGGAACACAGAUAGUAAAACACUUUAUCAAGAAUACGUGCCUUCAGCCCACCUGAGUGCCACUUGUACCUGCAUAUCAUGGGGACCAUGCCGAACAGUGAAGGAAGGGCCAACGAGGAAGAAGAGAAAAUCAGAGGCAGGACAUGUGGAGGAAAAAUCCGAUCUGUUGGCAAUGGGCACAGCAGCAGGCACUGUGCUUAUAUACAGUGCAGCUAAGGGAGCACUGCACUGUACUUUGGAUGAAGGACACACCGGAGCGGUCAAUUGUGUCCAGUGGCACCCAACAGAAAGUUUAUUAUACAGCGGCUCACAUGAUACAAACAUCAUUGAAUGGGACUUGCAGACUGGCAAGGCAAGAAGUAAAUGGAAGGCUGACCGUGGGGCUGUGACCAGUUUGUGUGUGAGCCAUGAUGGGAAACUGCUUCUCUCAGCUGCACACGUGAUCAAGAUGUGGGACUUGGAAACCAAGGAGGUUUACAGAACAUUCACAGGCCACUCCUCUGCUGUGACGACACUGUGCUUUGCCACCACACGACCUCCCGACAGCAACAGCCUUUAUUUCCUGUCUGGGGCAGCUCACGAUCGACUCCUCAGCGUAUGGCAAGUUCGGCAAGACGGAAAGGACAAGAACUCAGUGGUGUCUUUUACAUUGACUGAUGAACCCAGGCACGUUGAUCUGGUCCCAUCCAACAGCAAGGAAGAGGCAGUGAGGCUGGCAGUUGUGUGUAAAGAUGGACAGUUGCAUCUUUUUGAGCACUUUCUAAAUGGACCCUGUAAGAAGCCCUUGUCUCCAUCGUGUACAGUACAGAUGUCAGACACAAAAGACUCUCCGGCGCCCAUCCCUCUGCUAACUGCAGCCCUCGCAGCUAAUAUCCAAACUGUGCUUCUGGCAUACGGCAACCACCUACAACCUGUAAUGGAGAGAGUUGAGAUCAACACAUCAGAGAGACAUGUGUGUCUGAGCCGAGACGUUCAGACCAGCCUGUCACUGUCCAUAGAAUCCACAGUUUCCAAGGUGAAAACACCAGUCACAAGUCGCAGCAGUGUCCUGGCUCCAGGGCUUCCUGGUCACCAAGCCCCAGUUAGAGGAGCCUCCCAGGGGUCGGAGAAGAGAAAAAAAGACAGCAAAGAGAUAUCCAUUGCUGAGCGGCUGGGUGAAAUGGAUCUGUCUGUAGUCUCCACAGAGAAGGGAGCUCCAAAAGGGAAAGCCUCUUUGCAGACUGACAACUUUGCAGUGCUCUUGGUGCAGGGUCUAGAGAGCAAGGAUGCCAGUUUACUAAACAAAGUAUUUCAGACCCGUAAAGAGAAUGUGAUAAAGAAGACUGUUGCCCAGUUACCCCUGGCUGCUGUUUUACCACUGCUGGAAGAGAUCACAAAUAGACUUCAAGGACACCCUUUUGCGGCUAUCCUGAUGGUACGAUGGCUCAAGGCUGUCAUCAUGCAACACUCUUCAUACCUGGCAUCACUGCCAGACCUGGUGACCCAGUUGGGAGUGCUUUAUCACAUGAUAGAGAGCAGAGUGAAGAUGUUCCACAAGCUCACGAAACUGCAUGGAAAACUCUAUCUCCUGUCAACACAGGUGGCGACGUGUGGCAGCAGUAAAGCAGUGACUGAGGUUGACCAAACUGCCAAACUGGUGUAUGAGGAAGAAUCAUCUGACGAGGACGACGCCUCUGGUGAUGAAGGUCUUCUUGACGAUGACUCGAACUGGGAAGAAGAUGAGGUCGUGGAUGAGGCGAUGGAGGAGAACGAGGAACAAGACGACGAGGACGACAGGAAUCCGGAGAGAACAGAAUCCAAAGCAAAUGGAGAGGAAGACAUGGAGCACGAGAACGAGAGCGAAGAAGAGUGAACGAGGAGAAACUUCCCACACAAAAAAUAUGGACCUGAGAGAGUUAUAUAAACUUUCAUUUUAUUUUCACCCUUAUGAUUUUAUUAUCAGAACAAAAAGUUGGUUUUUACGCAAUCAAGGGUUAAAUGUUAAAUGCAGGCAGUUGCGGCUGCCCUGACUCCGUUUCUCCCCACUCCCUACAAUCCGAGGAUCAGAGACAUCACUUCGGGCCGAGAAGCAGAUUCUUCAGAAUGAUACAGAUGUCAGCUCUCCUGCCUCUCCUCUCUUUGUGUCAGUCUGUGUACAACCACUGUAGCCCAAGGUUGCUUUGAAAAAAAGACUGAAAAGAUCCGGUUUGCCAACACCGCUGUCUGCAUUCCAAAUUUACUCCCCAUAUACAACGAAAACGUUUAGAGCACAUUGUACAUGCAGCUUACCAGUAGGUGACAUGGCAGUCGCUCUGCCAUUGGUCUAUUCUAAACUCAACACAGACCGUGACGUGAACCUGUUGUCGGGCAGACACCCGUACGACGAGGAGUUGAGAUGCAGAACUUUGGCUUUUUGUUGUACAGACAACUGCUUGAUUUGAAGGUGUGUUUGUCAGACAAGUAUAUAUAUUAUGUCUCACACAAUGUAAAUCUUUAUGUACAGUGAAGUGUUUGUAUGAGCUCUAACCUCUACUGCCUCCUGUCGCCCAGAGUUCCUUGCAAUAAAAUAAAAAACCACAUCGUCUCCUGAUCUGAAA